UUGGAUAUUUUAGUGUUUUUAAUUUAGAUUUAUUUGAAAUAGAGCCGUCAACGUAUAGAUUAAUAGCGUUUUAACCAAUCCCUGUAACUUUCGUGUGAAAAUACUGUAUAAAACGCGAGAUGGAAACUGAUGAAAAAGACAUGAUUGGUCACCGCUUGAAGGCGCUCACCGAGGAAGAGAAGCAACGUUUAGAGGCGCAAAACUCCCGCUUAAUACCCGAGACCAAAGCACAAAAGCUCGAACGCGACGCCAAGCGUCACUGGGACAUAUUUUACAAGCGAAACGAGACCAAGUUCUUCCGCGACCGCCAUUGGACCACGCGCGAAUUCCAGGAGCUGAUUAACUUCGAUCCAGAGCAGAAAAUCACAUUCUUAGAGCUCGGUUGCGGUGUCGGCAACAUGCUGUUCCCAUUAGUGGAAGAGGGGUUCGAUAAUUUCUAUUUCUACGCGUGCGACUUUUCGCCGCGUGCGGUUGAGUUUGUAAAGAAUAAUAAGCUCUAUGAUCCAAGCAAGAUGACUGCUUUUUGCGCCGACUUGACUACCGACGAGUUGUUCGAGAACGUUCCGGAAGCUAGCGUGGACAUAGCUAGCCUUAUUUUCGUCCUGUCUGCUAUUCAGCCGGCGUCCUGGGAGGUAGUGGCUAAGAACGCAUUGAGAGUGCUUCGCCCGGGCGGGAUUUUGCUGUUUAGAGACUACGGUCGGUACGAUAUGGCUCAAUUGAGGUUCAAACCCGGGCACAAGAUUGCUGAGAAUUUCUAUAUGCGGCAAGAUGGGACUAGAAGCUACUAUUUCACUGAAGAAGAACUGGCGUCUCUGUUCACCGAUGCGGGCUUCGAGGUCCUCACCAACUGCUAUGUGCAGCGCAGAACCGUCAACUUCAAGGAGGGUGUGGACGUGCCGAGGAUCUUUGUGCAGGGGAAAUUUAGAAAGAAGGACUGAGAGUUGCCGGAAAGAUGUGUGACUGAACAGGAAGAGUUAU